CUGCAGUUGUGCCAGAGCCAAAAUGGUGCCCAUGGCUAUCUUCAGUAGAACCAUUUGGGAGGGAUAAGUAAACAGCCAAUGAUUCAGAAAACAAAAAUUAAGGAAAUAACAUUGACACGCCUGCUUACCUUUGGAAGUUGUUGUAUUGUUUUACCAAAGUCUAAGAGCAGCUACAGCUAACGUUAGCUAGUAACGCUAGAAACAAGAGCUAUGCGUCUGUCUUAAAUGACCAGUUAGCUAACAGUUGUUACUAACGUUAACUAGCAACAUUUCAAGUUGCGCUUGCUAGCAUACAGUAAGGAUGGCUCAGUGGGACAGACUGAGGCAGCUGCCUGCUGCGUACACACAGCAGUUACAUGAGCUCUAUGACAGGGAUGCUUUGCCUAUGGAUGUGCGGCAUUACCUGUCCGCCUGGAUAGAGAAACAGGAGUGGCAACGAGCAGCACGGGACCAUGAUUUAGCCAUGGUGCUGUUCCAGGUCUUACUGGAGAAUCUGGAUAUACAACACAGCCGAUUUGUUCAGGAGGAGUCAUUGUUACUGCAGCACAACAUACGGCGCUAUAAACAGAACUUUCAGAAGUACCUGGAUGAGCCUUGUUCUUUGGCAAACACAAUCCUGUGGUUUUUGGGAAAAGAGAAGGAAAUCCUGCAGAGUGCUGAUCUGGCUGAGCAGGUCCAGUUUUUGUGUGUAGAGCCAGAAGCCAUGGAGACAAGCAGCCAACGGGACCUUGAACGUAAAAUAGCUGGCCUCAAGAAUGAAGUGCAGUGCAUGGAACAUACAAUGUUAUGUUUGGAGGAGCAGCAAGACGAGUUUGAUUUUAAAUACCAAACUCACAAGAUGGAAGCUGUGGUAGAUGAGGCUGUGAAGAAGGAGCAAAUGAAAGUUCUUCAGUUACUUGUCAACAAACUGAAUGAAUGUAGAAAGAGCACACUGUCAGACCUAAGUAAGUGCCUGGACAGAACUGAUGACCUGAUCGACAUAUUGGUGAAGAAGGAGCUGGUGGAGUGGCAGAGGAGGCAGCAGAAAGCCUGCAUUGGUGCUCCAGACAGUGUUUGUCUGGAUCAGCUAGAAAAGUGGUUCACCUGUGUUGCAGUGUGUCUGUUCCAGGUGCGGGAGUUUCUUGGUAAGCUGGAGGAGCUGGUAGGAAAAGUGUCCUAUGACAACGACCCUAUAAAGGCCCAAAAACCUGUAUUGCAGAGGAGAGCAGAUACUCUUCUAAAAAACUUACUCAAAAGUUCCUUUGUGGUUGAGACUCAGCCGUCCAUGCCUCAGGGGAAAGGACCCCUGGUGCUCCGCACAAACGUCCAGUUCUCUGUCAAGACCAGGCUUCUUGUUAAAUUCCCUGAGCUGAACCACUCCAUGAAAGUGAAUGUAUCUAUGGACAGGGAGGCUCCUCAGAUCAAAGGAUAUCGGCGUUUUAAUGUUCUUGGGACCAAAAUUAAGGCCUUGAACAUGGCAGAGAGCCAGAGUGGAGGCAUGGUGGCAGACUUCAGACAUCUUACUCUGAAGGAGCAGAAGUCUGGAGGUGGCGGAAAUAGAGUUAGUGAUAUUUCUCUCAGUGUUACAGAGGAGCUGCACAUCAUCUACUUCAACACUGUAUUUGAACUGAAAAGCUUGUCGAUUGAGUUGGAGGCCUCCUCCCUCCCGGUGGUCAUCAUCUCUAACUCUAGCCAGCAGCAGAGUGCCUGGGCGUCUGUCCUCUGGUUCAACAUGCUCAGUCUGGACACCAAGGAUGUCUUGUUCUUUGCCAACUCUCCUGCAGCUCCUUGGCCGCAGUUUGGAGAGAUGUUGAGCUGGCAGUUUCUCUCUGCCACUAAACGUGGUCUGAAUGAGGCUCAGCUGGAAAUGAUUGCACACAGACUCUUUGGAAAGCAGCAGAACUACGACACCCACAAAGUACCUUGGUCAAAAUUUAGCAAGGAAAAUACUCCGGACACUUUCUGGGUGUGGUUUGAUGGCAUCUUGGUGAUGGUGAAGACGUACCUUGAAGACCUGUGGAGGGAAGGCCUCAUCAUGGGUUUUGUGAGCAAAGGCAAAGAGAAGUCCCUCCUGAAGAAGAAACAAAGAGGCACGUUUUUGUUGCGCUUCAGUGAAAGUGUCAUUGGAGGAAUCACCUUCUCCUGGGUAGACACCACCAUAACUGGUGAGCCUGACGUAAAAACAGUCCAACCAUUCACCAAAGUUGACCUUUGCCAGAUCCCGUUUCAUGAAAUCAUCAGGAAUUUCCAGAUCUUAGAAGCUGAAAAUAUUCCAGAAAAUCCUCUGCUCUACCUAUACCCCAACACCCCUAAAGACGAGGCUUUCGGAAAAUACUACUCCAAGAGGAGUGGAAGUGACAGUCCUUACAUAAAGUACAUCAAAACCAAACUGGUGUUUGUUUCCAAGGAGAACACACUGGAGGCUAGGUCACCUAUGUCCUCUGACAUGGCACAGGGUGAAGGCCAGGAGCCAAUGAAUGGCCUGUCUGGAGAGGCAGCUGAACAAAACGGGAGUCCUCCUUCUCUGCAGUCACCUCUGGAAACGUAUCAACCUGAUCCCAUGCUGUCUGGCUCUGUUGCAGCCACAGAGGAUGAUUUACUGAUGUAUCUCAACAACCCCAACAUCUUCGUUGACUCUGACAUCAUACAAGAUGAGCUGGGGCUGGCUGAUUUUAGUCUUCCAGGGUUUAAUAAUUGCCAGCCCCCACAAACUUGUGGAAGCAUUUUCCAAUAAGCCUCUGUUGUGUAUAUUAAACCAAACCACUGUAUCAUUUAUAAUCAGCUUAACUUGUAGCUACUUACAUUACAACAAUCAUGUCAUAAAAUUGUAGGACACGUAGCAAAUUCACUGUAAACAUAAUAGUUUUUUAUCUUAAUAUGA